CCUCUGAAACAGCGGGAGCUAGAAGCUGCAGCUGGCGUGGGAGUGGGAGUCGGUGUCGGAGCCGGAGCCGGAGCCGGAGCCGGAGCCGGAGCCGGAACCGGAACCGGAGCGGGGGCGGGAGCGAGUUCCAAGCCUGACAGCGCAAAUGGCGACGGUGGCGGCCAUGGUGGAGAGUGCAGCUUGCGGGGCUCCGGGGGCCGAGCUGUCAGUGGCUUGGAGUACCGUGAGCACUGGGCUGGUGCCGCCCGCCGCGCUGGGGCUGGCAGCUUCCAGGCCAAGUGGAGCGGUGAGUUUGAAAGAAGAGGAACUUCAGGCUGCUGUGGAGGUGCUGAAGUGCUAUGAACUUCACUCCAUCCUGGAGGAAUGGUUUACAGAAGUGCUUCAGACCGACCUGCAAUCUAACAUCGCUCCUGAGUUUUGGAAUGCCAUUGCUCAGUAUGAAAACUCUGUGGAAGAGCCCCAGUGCAUCCUGCUCCUCCUGGAAGCCUUUGGCUUGCUCAAGUGUCGGCUGGACCCCUACCUCAAUAGCUUGGAUCUGCUGGAAAAGUGGACACAAAUGGGCUUGUUGCUGGGGACUGGCUCUCAGGGUCUUCGGGAGAAAGUCUAUACCAUGUUUAGAGCCAUCUUGUUCUUUUCUACCACAAAGACCUUUCAGGAGAUGAUCCAACAGUUCUAUGGGCGUACCUUUAAAAUCUACAUGCACCAACAGAAAAAAAAGAAAGGGGAUGAAGGGAUGAGUGAAAGUAGCAUGAGUGAGCCAGAGCUGGACCAAGGUGACUUGGAAGAGAGUGGGUCUCCAGAGAACCAAGAGUGUGGUGGCUGCAACAGUGCUAAGGAAUUGUGCUGGUGCUCAGUGGCUUUGGAACAAUUCCAACAGCUUAGUGAGAUAUUGCACAGGCUAAACUUGUUGGAGAGAGUCAGUGCUGAUGCAGUUACAACUAUCUUGCACCGGAUGAUUGAGGAAAGGAUGGAACGUCGAUGUCGGGGAGAAUAUGAAAGAUCUUUCUUGAAUGAAUUUCAGGAGUGGAUAGAGAAGGUAAUUGGCUGGCUCAGCAAGGUGUUCCUACAGGAUAACCCUAUGGGUCCCACAGUCCCUGAAGCCAGCAGUACCCUGAGACGCUGGCGCUGUCAUGUACAGAGGUUUUUUUACCGAAUCUAUGCCACCAUGCGAAUUGAAGAGCUCUUCAGCAUCAUCCGUGAUUUUCCAGAGUCUAAACCAGCUAUUGAAGAUUUGAAAUACUGCCUGGAAAGGACCAACCAGAGACAGCAAUUGCUCAGCUCCCUUAAAGCAGCUCUUGAGACCCGUCUCCUUCACCCAGGGGUAAAUACAUCAGAUAUCAUCACCCUCUAUAUCUCAGCCAUCAAAGCCCUUCGGGAGCUGGACUCCUCCAUGGUCAUCCUGGAAGUGGCUUGUGAACCUAUACGACGAUACCUGAGGACACGGGAAGACACUGUGAGGCAGAUUGUAGCUGGGCUGACUGGUGAUGCUGAGGGUUCUGGGGACUUGGCUCACGAGCUCUCCAAGGCUGACCCGGUGACGCUGGAAAAUGGCCAGGAGAGUGAUGAUGACAUCUGUGAGCCGGAAGACUGGGUGCCAGACCCAGUGGAUGCAGAUCCAGGGAAGUCAAGCUCAAAACGCCGCUCCUCAGACAUCAUCAGCCUGUUGGUCAGUAUCUAUGGCAGCAAAGAUCUCUUUAUCAAUGAGUACCGAACACUACUUGCUGACCGCCUUCUCCAUCAGUUCAAUUACAGUGCUGAGAGGGAAAUCCGCAAUGUGGAAUUGCUGAAGCUCCGUUUUGGUGAGGCCCAGAUGCACUACUGUGAGGUCAUGUUGAAGGACAUGGCAGACUCUCGGCGCAUCAAUGCCAACAUCCGUGAUGAGGAGGAAAGGCUCCCUGAGGAAGAGCGACCCCCAUUCAGCCUCAUUGCUGUCAUCCUGUCUAGUGAGUUUUGGCCAACCCUCAAGGAGGAGAAGCUGGAGCUCCCAGAACAGAUCAAAGAGGCAAUGGAAGCCUAUUCCAAGAGAUAUGAGAAGCUGAAGGCUAUGAGGACCCUGAGCUGGAAGCACCACUUGGGCCUGGUGACUCUAGAUGUGGAGCUGGCUGAUCGUACCCUUUCCUUGUCGGUGUCUCCAGUACAUGCUGCUGUCCUGUUGCAUUUCCAAAGCAAAAGUAGCUGGUCCCUGGAGGAGUUGAGUGAGGUGCUGAAGGUUCCGGUGGCCUCCUUGCGGCGCAAGAUGGCUCUGUGGCUGCAGCAGGGGGUGUUGCGUGAGGAACCCCCUGGCACUUUCUCAGUGAUAGAGGAAGAACAGCCUAGGGACCGGGCAGACAAGGUGGUGCUCCUGGACAGCGACGAGGAGGGUGACUCAGCCAUGGCCUCACAGGCUGACCAGAAGGAAGAGGAGCUGCAGCUAUUCUGGACAUAUAUUCAGGCUAUGCUGACCAACUUGGAGAGCUUGUCUCUGGAGCGCAUCCAUAGCAUGCUUAAAAUGUUUGUGAUGACGGGCCCAGUGGUGACUGAGAUAGAUCUGCAGGAAUUGCAAGGCUUUUUGCAGAAGAAAGUUCGAGACCAACAGCUCAUAUACUCUGGAGGUGUCUACCGCCUACCCAAGAGCUGCAGUUGACAAGAGGCAGGUCUUCCGCCUUAUCAUCUUGGGACUUGAGGGGCCUGUGGGGUCAUGUUGAGAAGCAUGUUAGAGACUGACCAGAGCUCAGGAUCACCCUAGGACUGCCUGUGAGAGUAGGAUCUGGUCAAGUCAGGCUCUCUCUAUGGGCUUUUCUGCUUUCCAUAAUGACAAGGACAAAGAGCAUGUGUGUUAUUCCCUCCCCCAUUCCUCUUUUGCCACCUCACAUUCAUUCCUUUUCUACUAUUCCCAAAAUUAAUUCAGUACUCUUUGUUGCUCAUUAAAGGCAAAUUGGCUUUUUAAUCAUUUCUCUA